AUGAAAUACUCUAACGAUCCUAACUAUUAUUAUGAAGCAUCUGAUUUGGAACACUUGACAAUUUAUGAACAUAAUGUGAGAGCACACGGAAAGACUUUUGGUUGUGAUCAUAUUUACAAUGUAGAAACUUCUCAAUUUGAGAUUUUUGAUAAAGAAGUCGUACCUCUGGUUGAGAAACUAUUUCUUGGUGAAGACUCGGCAUUACUAUUAUUCGGAGAUGAAGGUCGACGAUUUACGUUGGAAGGUUUUCCAGACUCACCAGGAAUCUUUUUUAGAACGAUAGAGCUUAUUCUUGAUGCUAUUUCUAAUGAUAACACCUUUAAGGGAAGCAAAUUAUUUAUUUCCAGUUGCACAAUUGAAAAUGAGAAUAUUUAUGAUAACUCAACAAAUAAUACGGUCACACUGAAACAUGACACAAAGAAAUGUCCACAAAUUGUACAAUGUUCUGAAACUGAAAUCGACGAUGUGAAAACGGCUCUUCAACUUUAUUAUGAAUGGAUGUCCAAGUUUGUUAAGGUUGGCAACACUUCAUAUAAUCAUUUAAUCAUACGUCUAAGGUUAAAUGUAGGAAAUAUCAGCUCCAACAACGACAAUGGAGUACUAAAUAUUUUAAUUGUUGGAAACACCAAUUUGAAACCAGAAAAACCAGAAAUUUCAUAUUGGAUGACACACCUGAUAGAAUGUUUGGAAUUAAUGAAAAGAAAGCAUCACGCAAUUCCGUUCCAUAAGUGUAAACUUUCAUCAUAUCUGAAAGGAUUUUUGCAAGACACAAGUCAAAGUGUAUCAAUAUUUAACUUGCUCCCUCUCACAGAAUCCUACUUUUCUGUGAUAAAUUGGUUAACAAUUUGUGACAAAUUUAAGAAUUGUCUGCUGGCCAAGGCUUCGAUGACAUUAAACUCAAAAACAGAGAGACCAAUUCAACCUCCAGAAAAUCCGCUUAUAGCAAAAGAUCAAGAAAUCGAAGAGUUAAAGCGCUCCAACCAAAUACUUACUGAAAAAGUAAGGAAAAUCGAAAAACAGCUGAGGCUAUUGCAUGAGAAACAACAAAUGCAAGCACACCAAAUAGAUGAUAUUUCUCCCAAAAUUGAAAAAAACAUUACAAAAGACUUUGUGAGAGAGAGAUACCGAGAAGUAAUGGAGGGAAGUAUUCUAAAGCUGAAAAGCCAAGUGCAUGAUUUGGAAACAAAAAAUUUGUUACUCAAAAAAGAAAUGGCUAAAAAAGAGAUGGAAUAUCAAAGACGAAUAGCCGAUUUGGUUAACGUAGUGAAAAUAACCAACCCUCCAGCAAUCAAAACAAAACAAAAGGUUUGA